GUGUUGGACUCCGGAGCGUCUGUCCGACCUGACGCACUCUUGUACCAAAGCGCAGCUGUCACCAUUACUUCAUGCUUAUUGGCCCAAUACCGAGAGAGGCAGAGGCUGAGCAAAGGCAAACAACGGGGGAGAGAGAAAGAGUCGGACCCCUGCGCUCUACUCCAUCGAUUUGCAGAGGUGCACCGAGAAUCCUCUAUCGGACGCUGGUGACGGAUUUCUGAGGUUUUGGAUUUUCUGGAAUGCCAAAGGUGGAUCCGCUGUUUGGAACAUGAUGCUGGGAAAUUUGAUUGUGUUAGUGUUCUGUCUUUGGGGAACAGAUGUCAGUAGAGCUCACAUAUUUGAAGCCACACGACCUGGAGAUGGAGACAACAUAUCACCGGUCACUAAACUUGUAUCAGAGUGGAUCAGCACAGCAGGAUCCUGUAAAGGGAGGUGCUUUGAGUUGGAGGUGGCAGAUCCUCCAGGAUGCAGAUGUGACAAUCUGUGUAAAACUUACCUCAGCUGCUGCUCAGACUUCGAUGCUCACUGCCUGAAAACAGCGGGGGGGUUUGAGUGUACACCUGAUCGCUGUGGGGAGGAGAGGAAUGAAGACCAUGCCUGCCACUGUUCUGAUGAUUGCUUAGAAAAAGGAGACUGUUGUUCUAACUACAAAUUCACAUGCAAAGAUGAGACUUCAUGGUUAGAGGACAGCUGUGAAGAGAUCAAGAGCCCUGAAUGUCCUGCAGGUUUCGUCCGUCCUCCUCUCAUCAUGCUGUCUGUUGAUGGGUUCAGAGCCUCCUACAUGAAGAAGAGCAAAUAUAUCAUCCCUAACUUACAUAAACUCAGAUCAUGUGGUGUGUCUCCUCCAUACAUGCGACCUGUCUAUCCAUCAAAGACAUUUCCAAAUUUAUACACCCUAGCCACAGGUCUGUACCCAGAGUCCCAUGGAAUUGUGGGAAACACCAUGCAUGACCCAGUGUUCAAUGCCACCUUCAGCCUACGCACAAGAGAAAAAUUAAACCAUCGCUGGUGGGGCGGACAACCAAUCUGGAUUACUGCAGAGAAACAAGGAGUGAAAGCAGGGACUUUCUUCUGGCCGUGGGUGAUUCCUCUUGAAAGAAGGAUUUUGACCAUUCUCCGUUGGCUGACACUUUCAGAUGAAGAGAGGCCCUAUGUUUAUGCAGUCCACUCAGAGCAGCCGGAUACCUUUGGCCAUCGCCUUGGACCACUCAGCAGUGAGCUGGACAACCCUUUGAGAGAAAUUGACAACAUCAUUGGUCAGCUAAUGAAUGGACUGAAGCAGAUGAAUCUGCACCGAUGUGUCAAUGUCAUCAUUGUAGGCGAUCACGGUAUGGAAGAGGCCCACUGUGACAGAACAGAGUUUCUCAGCAACUACCCUCUAAAUCUCGACGAUAUCAUGCUCAUCCCUGGCUCCAUUGGUAGAAUUCGCCCCCGUGAUCCUAAAUCCACCACAUAUGACCCAAAGGUUGUGGUUGGAAACCUUACUUGUAAAAUGCCUACUCAGCACUUUAGACCAUACCUGAAGCACCAUUUACCCAAGAGGCUUCACUACGCCAACAACCGCAGGAUCGAGGAUGUCCAGCUUUUGAUGGAGAGGAAAUGGCACAUUGCUAAGAAACUGCCAGAAAAACCAAGAUCUCGGUGCGGUUUCUUUGGUGACCAUGGAUUUGACAACAAGAUAACAAGCAUGAGGACAAUCUUUAUUGGCCAUGGACCAAGUUUCAAAUUCCAGAAACGUGUGCCAGAGUUUGACAAUAUAGAGCUAUACAACGUCAUGUGUGACUUGUUGGGGUUGAAGCCAGCUCCUAACAAUGGAACACAUGGUAGCCUAAAUGACAUGCUGAAGGAUCCGCCCUUCCUGCCCACCAUGCCAGAGGAAGUAACACCUCCAUCGCCAGCGUCUGACUCCAACCACGCAAUGAUUCACGAUCUGGGGUGCAGCUGUGAGGAUGAGAACAAGGUGGAGGAGAUAAUUGAAACUUUUACCCCUGCACCAGAUGGUGCCUACGGUUACAACACCACCCAUCUUCCAUUUGGUCGCCCAGCGGUGAUGUUCAAUACUCAAUACAGUCUACUUCAUCAUGUGGAAUUUAUCAGUGGAUACAGCAAAGAGCUAGCCAUGCCUCUCUGGACAGCAUACACACUACCACGACAGGAGGAUUUGACUCCCAUACCGGAUGUUCCUCCUUCUGUUAACUGUAUCCGAGUUGACCCAAGAAUUUCUUCAGUUCACAGUCAGAGCUGCACAACCUACAAACAGAACAACCACGUCACUUAUGGCUUCCUCUUUCCUCCAGAACUAGCAACAUCUCCAGAGUCAAGAUAUGAUUCUUCGCUCAUCACCAACACCGUUCCCAUGUACCCCGCUUUCAAGAGAAUAUGGAGCUACCUUCAGGGGACGCUGCUGAGGCGUUACAGUGAAGAAAACAAUGGUAUUAAUGUUCUCUCUGGGCCUAUCUUCGACUACAACUACGACGGCCUUCGAGAUACCACAGCGCAGAUUAAAGAAUCUUCAGCGAAUUCACCCCUCAUUCCUACCCACUUCUACACCAUUGUGACGAGCUGCCAGGAGAUGAACCAGACAGUGGAUGAGUGUGAUGGGGCACUCAAGGUGUUUUCCUUCAUCCUUCCUCACAGGCCAGACAACAGUGAAACCUGCAAUAGUGCUGAGGAUGAGUCUCAGUGGGUUGGAGACCUGUUGAAGCACCAUACGGCCCGGGUUCGAGAUGUGGAGAUCUUGACGGGCCUCGACUUGUACAGAUCCACUAACCUCACCUACAUCAGCACCUUGAGCCUCAAAACCUACUUGAACACCUUCGAGAGUGAUGACUAGACAGACAGAUAAAGAUGCAGAUGCACAGGAUGUCAUAAAAGCCAUGUAUUAUAUCUGUAUGCUUGCUGGAAAUUUUAUACAUACAUUUUGCUCCAAAGGACCCAUCUAGGAAUUAUUUUCACAGGGAAAUACAUUUCUGAAAAUUAAAACAGUGUAAAAGAACUUUAGUAGAAUUGUUGAAAACCAUUAAAAAAUUAGGGAAGCAGCUCAAGCGGAGAUGCAGAUUUUAUUAAUAUAGCUAUAUUCUCUUACAUACAUAAAGCACUAUAAGAGUGUAUGUAGCUCUGUAAGUAUAAAUAAUCUUUACCUAUGAACGGCAAUUGCAUGCAGUCAGAUAUUAGAAAAUAUUUAAUAGUUUUUGUUUUAAAAAUUUGUAGAUCAUAGCAAGUUUAUUGCAAGAAUUAACCUGAAAAAACAAACUGGAAUGUGGAAUAAAAAAUAUGUAUAUGAAAUGCUGAAGCAGAGUGUUAGUGUUUCCAGAUCCAAGCUAAACCAAAUAUGCAAAAUUAGCAGUGUUAAAACAGUCCUUUAUAAAUUCGAGGAAUUUCUUUUUGGAGUACAUGGCUUAAAGUUGUGCCACAUAUCACUUUUGACUAUUAUUCACUGUUCUCUAACAUCAUGAAAUCUAAAGCUGAAGGUAGCAAGGUAAGAGCAAAGAUAAGCUAAGCUAAGCAGCAAAAUAGAUGUUAUCAAAUAUGCAUUUUGUAUGAUAAAUAUGGAAUUGCAGAGAUACAAUUAUGGUGUUUCAUAAUACAUGUUAAUUAUUGAAAACAGUAAUACAUGUCUAACCUGUGAUCUAUGUAUGAUUAAAAAUAUCCAGCUGUCAGCAGUGAGGAUAUACAGUAUCUUAGUUAAAAACACUUUCCAAGUCUUUGAGUUAACCAAACUAGUGACCUCUUGUAAAAAUACUAUUCAAUUAACAUUUGCAAAUACUUAAAAAAAAUAAUGGACACCUUGUUUAUAACGCUUGAGGAAUGCUAGAAGUUGAUACAUAUAAUUCAAAAAGUAGGUGAUCUCAUAAUGUAGCCUGGUGACUAACUGUUUGCAGGUUUCAGUGUCAACUCAUCUUUUUCUUUGUGUUUAACUUGCAUAAAUAGUUACAUAUAUACAAAAUAAUCCAAAAUAUUACCAAAAUAUCCUUUACUGUGCAUACUUAACAUGUCUAGCAUUGGGUUGGAAAAAAACCUCUUAUCACAGAUGUUGCGUUUGUGGAUCUUUUUUCUUGUUUGUGAUACAAAAUGAUUUAUUUUUGCAUAAUUGAAUAUAAUAAUAUGCACUAACAAAACCAACACUAUUUGUGAACAAAUGUUUUUUACAUUGCAUUGUUAAAAGAAAAACACCAUUCUGUUAAUUCCAUCGUCACCGUAGUGUUCUUAUCCGGUUCUGUUGUAUUUGAUCUUAUUUUUCUAAAAUAAGUUUAUCUUAGUGUUUUUUGCACUGACAUUAACAGCCAGUGGGUGAAAUAUAACUAAUUCAGUGGAACAAUGCAACUCCAUUUAGCAUUAGAAUAGAAAGAAAUAAAAUCUUUUUUUCUUCCAGAACAACAUUACUGCUUAUGUUAUUGAAGGAGAUGCUGGGAUUUUAAAAAUAAAUCUUUUGGAUUAGACUCCACACAACAGAAUCAAUGAAACCACCUCACCACUUCAGUCAAAUUUGUGAUUAUAUUUUUAUUUUUUCAAAUUCUUUAGCAUGCACGUUACUCUACAAAGUAUCUUAAACAUCAUGCACAUCAGUUUAAAGCAUGUACAUGUUUUCUUGGUCAGGAUGAAGAAUCUAUAAAUUCUAAAUCACAAAUAACUCAAACUCAGAUGUUAGGUUGUGAAGCAUCAGGCAACUUUUAAAAAUUUUUAGUGUAAUCAAUGUUUGGCUUUUAUUUAAACAGAGGUUGCUGUGGUGUGUUGCAGAGUUCACAUUACUGUCUGAGAAUAAGGACUGCUUAGUCUUUGACCCACGCAGUAAAAGAUUUUUAGCAUCAAAGCACUUGUCUGAUGUUGCAUUUGUUGACAGUUUUUUUUGUCUUUUAAACUCCCAGCAUUCAUACUCUUAACUCUGUACAGAUAGAGUCCCAAAUUGGGUUUUUUUUGCAUUUAUUUCCUUUAUUUUUAAAGUAUUGUAUUCAUGAGUUAAUGUUCUUAACAUACAUAAUCAGUAGAAGAGAAAUACAUGACUGACUUUUGAGAGCUUGUCAAGAUGUAGACAGACCGAUUUUUAUUCCUCUAGUCCUUUAAAUAAAAGCCAUGUAGGUUAUAAAAUAAUACUAUAGUGAGUUGAACUUUGUUUUAAACUAUGGUCAAUUUAUAACUCAACAUGACACUUUGCAGUGCACAUAAAGAUGUGCAGUGAUGGUGCUCAUGUAAAAAAACACUACUAAAAUCUCAUUUGGUGUCCUGUUAACAAAGGGCAUUUUGGUUCCACAUCUUUUACCAGGUAAGUGCUAUGGCUCUAUGGUACAUAAAGAUUAUGUUAAUAAAACAAUCCCAUUUA